AUGACACAAUUUAGUGAUACUACAACUUCAUUAGAUUCACAUAUUUUAUACAGUCUCAAUGAAGACUUUAGCUCUAAUGAAGCUGAUGAUGAUAAUUUUUCAAUCGAUGAUAAAGAUAAUUACGAUAUUGAAACUGAUAGUGAAAUCGAUGGUCAAAUGGAAACUGAUUCUAAAGAAGAAGAUAGUGAUGAUUCAUCUGAUGGAAUGGAUACAGACUCUAGUCAAAUGGAUUUAGAUUCGGCAACAUCAAAAUUAAAUUCAAACGAGAUUAACUGGUCAAGAAAUGCAAAACUCGAGGCGAAUUUGACUGUUUUUGAUGAAGAACGUUCGCUAAAGGAUAAUGUCAAAAUGCCGAAAUAUGCUACACCAUUUGAUUAUUUUAGUUUAUUCUUAACAAACGAUAUUGUCAAUUACAUCAUUGAACAAUGA